CCGACCGCCGCGAGCGCACCGUCGCGUUCGAAUUUUCAAACGCGCCGCGCACGUGUAUUCAACAUUUUUUUUAAUAGUAAUAAAUACUGUGGACGAAUUUUUUGUGUGCGAACUGUGAGUGUGUUUGGGACCGUGGUGCCUUGUUGGUUUCUUGCUGGGAGGAUCUGAAGAAGAUGCGGCCGCGUCGGGGUUUGGUUAUAGGCGUCCUACUCAUAUUACACAUGGGUGGCACACUCAGCGAUCAAUCAUCGAACGAAGGCGGAGGUGGCGGUGGAGGCGCGGGCUCAGACUCGAAUAGCGCCGCCGAGCCGUCAACAGAUCAACUUGCUAUGGAAUCGUCUGAAAGAGAAACUCCGAGCCACGCGUACAAUGGACCGCCCCCGCCGGUACCACCACCACAUAAUAGGAGACAGAACCAACAGCAUCAUCAGCCACACCAUUCCUUAGGUAUGCCAAGGAUUCCCAAUCAUCAUCCUGUUCAUACGAAGCCAUUUGCUCUUGGACCUCCAGUCAACCAUCAUAAGAAUGACAUUGGGCCCGGUUUUCGAGGUCCUCCCCCGCCUCCAAUUCCACCCAGUGAUGUUCAAACUGCAGCCAGUGAUAAGGUCUUCAGCACUGCCGGAGACGUCUGGCCUGCACCAGCUCCUGACAUGCCAAAGAUUGUUUCUCUCGACGUAAAAUGUGAAAAGAAUGCCAUGCGUGUAUUUCUAAGUUUUGACAAACCUUUCUUCGGUAUUGUAUUCUCCAAGGGACACUACUCUAACCACCAAUGUGUCCAUCUUCCGCCUAAUUUAGGAAGAUCACAAGCUUCUUUCGAGAUUGGUGCUCACGCUUGUGGAACUGCGGGAAGUGGUGAUCCAAGAUAUCGAGGAGAUGUUGCUGCCGCUGGAACUUAUUUUGAAAAUGUUAUAGUAAUUCAGUAUGAUCCACAAGUACAGGAAGUUUGGGAUCAAGCCAGAAAAUUGCGUUGUACUUGGCAUGACCAAUAUGAGAAAGCUGUGACUUUCAGACCAUUCCCUGUGGAUAUGUUGGAUGUUGUGCGAGCUGAUUUUGCCGGUGAUAACGUUGGUUGCUGGAUGCAGAUUCAAGUGGGAAAGGGACCUUGGGCUUCUGAGGUAUCGGGUUUGGUCAAGAUUGGUCAGACUAUGACAAUGGUUCUGGCGAUCAAAGACGACGAUGCGAAAUUCGACAUGUUGGUCAGAGAUUGUGUAGCUCACGACGGUCAACGCGCUCCUAUACAAUUAGUCGAUAGGCGAGGCUGUGUAACACGACCGAAAUUAAUGUCUCGAUUCACAAAGAUCAAGAACUUUGGAGCUAGCGCCUCUGUGCUUUCAUAUGCACAUUUUCAAGCGUUCAAGUUCCCUGAUUCCAUGGAAGUUCAUUUCCAGUGUACGAUUCAGAUUUGCAGAUAUCGCUGCCCCGACCAAUGUUCAGACGGACACAAUGUUAUCGCACCACAUGCUGAAUAUGGACCUCCUCAGAUUGAUGCUUAUCCUGUUGGUGCUGAAGCAAGACGUGAUGAGCGAAGAGUUAGGAGGCAACGCCGUGGUACCACUCCUGAAAAAGAAGUCGGCGUUAAUAGGGUUAUCCGUGUUGUCUCAGCUGGUGACUUGAACAUGGAUUCUGCUGAAGAAAAUGUACCAACAAAAAUAGUGCCCACACCUGGUUUAGUAUGUAUGACGACUCCUGGAUUCGCUGCGACACUUGGUGCACUUCUUGCCACGUUGAUAUGCUCAUGUGCUGUAUCUGUUGUCCUAUUUCUGAAACUUCGCCCCGUUACAGCUUUGAAAAAGAAGACCGCCACUGUGUCGACGAUAGCUCGACCACAUCCGCCUACUGCUGCACAUGUAAUCUCAAAAAGUCGGUUCUACUCGUAACGGCAUCUGCAUAACGUAAUUUUGUACAUAUUAGUGUGAUGAGACUGAAGUAUGUAGACCAUGCCAAUUUAUUUAUUUGUGUGUUAUCAAGUGCUCAAUCUGUUUUUAAUACGAUUCCGUGAACUCGUUUAUUUAGACUUAUUUAUUGAAUUAAUUUAGCCAAUCGCCGUGAAGAAGCUUCAGUUAAAUCCUUUCCUAUUCGAGUUGGAGUUAUAGGUUUUAUGUUAUUUAAACUGAUAAGACGAGAAAUCUAGUUCAAUCAUAUGAACGUAGGUGAUAUUUGUCACAAAUACAAACUAGUAUUAAAUUUAAAAAAUAUAUUAAGUACAAUCUUCUGUUACCUCUAUUCGAAUAGUUAAAUUUGAACUAGGGGCAACGGAAAAUAUAAAAUACGUGGUAUAACAACAUUUAGGUGAACCGCUAGCUGUAAUUAUUAAAAUAACUUGUCAUUAGUAUUAAUAUUAUUUAUUUUAAUUAAGUUGGUCGUUGUAGUCAUUACUACGUGUAAAUUAUUUAUUUAUACCACCUGAGU